AUGAGGAAAGUCUUCGUCAUUGCCCUGAUCGGCCUGCUCCUCGUCGCCUCCCUCGACGCGGCCAAGAAGUCCGGCAAGGAAGCCAAGGGAAAGAAGGGCGCCAAGGCCGAGAAGGUGAAGGAGCCCAAGGUGAAGGCUGAGAAGAAGGCAAAGGCUGUUGAGGAACCCGUGGUGGAGGCCGAGCCGGAAGAGGCCGCUGUCGAGGAGCCCGUGCAUGAGGAAGCCCCAGCCCUGUGCCCAUUCGCUGCCAGCCACGGAGUACACCACGCACCCCUUGACGCCGUCCACCACCAGCAGCGAUUGAUCAAGCCGAAGAGCCUUAAGGUCCUCUCCCAAUACGAGCAGUGCAAGCUGGAGUGCAAGAAGCAGAGGGACCAGGUCACCGCCCAGCAGUACGUCGAGCAGCUAAAGACUGAACUGGCCGCCGCCGAGCAGGCUCUCAUUGACCAGGCCGCUGCCGUCGAGGCACACGCCGAACCGGCCGCUAUUGCACCCCACGAUACCCCGGCCGUCGAGCACCACGCCGAGCCGGCCGCCGCCCACCCGGCUGCC